AUGGGGAAGAGAUGUAGCAGCACACUUUCAGGGCAGCAGCAUGCCGUGAAUUAUGGUCAGAAUCCUUUGCCUAUAUAUAUGAUCCUCAAUACCAGGGACAAAUAUAGCCUUCAAGAAUUUAAAGAGUGGAUGGAAUUUACUCCUUUUGAGGUUGGAUUAUUAAAAUACGGUGCUUACAUUCGUGCUGAAGACUAUGGAAGCAAAUUCUUUAUGGGUCGGAUAAUGAAGAAGAUCCCAGAAUCUCACAUCUGCUUCCUGAAAGGUAUGUGGAGUAAUGUGUUUUCCUACAACCUCUUGGAUGCAUGGCAUAAAAUGGACAGUUCAGAAGAUAGUUUCUGGUAUAGCUAUACCCAUGACAAAAUAAAGCAAAUAGAAGAAAAACCACCUCUGCCACCAGAAGCAGAAGCAGUGAAUACUUACCUGGUCAAGCCUACAUGUAACAUUAUGAAGAUAGUUCGCAAAGUCAUAACAGAGCGUGUAUCAACAUCAGAAGUCUACAAUUUCUUAAAUGGAUUCCAAUUAAACAAUGGAUAUCUAGAGAAUAAAAAUUUUUAUAUAUGGAAAGAUACUGUACUGGACACUUUUCCUAACCAGUUGAUGACUUCACUGGAAUAUCUGAGCCUUAUAGAUACAGCUGCCUAUAUAGACACCAGCUAUGCACCACUGAUGAAACCAGAGAGAAAAGUGGAUGUCAUUAUACAUUUGAAUUAUUCUUCAGGCUCACAAACAACACCUUUAGAGAAAGCCUCCAGAUACUUUGCAAAGCAAGGGAUUCCUUUUCCCAAAAUAGAUCUGAGUAGGGAAAAGAAUCUGAAGGAGUGCUAUGUUUUUGAAGAUGCUACAGAUUCCGAAGCACCUAUUGUGGUUUUUUUCCCACUAAUAAAUGAUACCUUCAAGAAAUACAAAGCACCAGGUGUAAAGCGUGGUCCCACUGAAAUGAAGCAAGGUGAAGUUGAUGUAACUAGUCCUUGUUCACCAUAUGAAAUACAAAACUUUCAAUACACCAAGGAGAAUUUUGAUAAGUUAAUAGAGCUAACCAGUUACAACAUUCAGAAUAACAAAAACUCAAUCCUUCAAGCUUUACAAAGAGCAAUAGAGAGAGAAAAGCCUCGGACCAAAUAG